AAAGCAGCCUGCUAGAAUUUGGUGCCACAGGAAGUGUUUCCCAGCAGAAGCAGAUUUUAGGGACUCAAUUUUAAGGUGACUCUCCUGACUGAAGCUUCAUGGCCCUCCUGCUUCCUGGGUUAAGGCAGGAUCAGUCUUCUAAAUGUUGGCUGGUGUUCAGCCAAGGCCCCACUUUAGAGUAUAAAAUGCUUAAGUUCAGGCCUGUGGCCUCUGAACACCACUGCUUGUGGCCCACCCACUAUCUCUGCAUAACCAUGUGUGGGCAAGAGAGUCAAACUAUGCCAGUAUGGACAGAAUAGCUUAUGAUGCUUAUCCCCGCCCACCACUUCCGAAACAUUGAGCGGAAGCCAGAAUACCUCCAGCCGGAGAAGUGCGUCCCACCUCCCCACCCCAGUGCUGUGGGAACCAUGUGGUUUAUCCGGGAUGGUUGUGGCAUUGCCUGUGCCAUUGUCACCUGGUUUCUGGUCCUCUAUGCGGAGUUUGUGGUCCUCUUUGUUAUGCUGAUUCCAUCCCGAGACUACGUGUACAGCAUCAUCAAUGGAAUUGUGUUCAACCUGCUGGCCUUCUUGGCCCUGGCUUCCCACUGCCGGGCCAUGCUGACGGACCCCGGGGCAGUGCCCAAAGGAAAUGCCACUAAAGAGUUCAUCGAGAGUUUACAGCUGAAGCCGGGACAGGUGGUGUACAAGUGUCCCAAGUGCUGCAGCAUCAAGCCCGACCGUGCCCAUCACUGCAGUGUUUGUAAGCGGUGCAUUCGGAAGAUGGACCACCACUGUCCCUGGGUCAAUAACUGUGUUGGCGAGAACAACCAGAAGUACUUCGUCCUGUUUACAAUGUACAUAGCUCUCAUUUCCUUGCACGCGCUCAUCAUGGUGGGAUUCCACUUCCUGCAUUGCUUUGAAGAAGACUGGACAAAUCUCCUGCAAGCCUAUGGACUGACCAGGGAAGAAACAGCAGAAGCCCGAAUCUCUCUUCAUGAAAAAAAGCAGCCCCUUAAAGUCAGUUCCACAGAGUGCAGCUCCUUCUCGCCACCCACCACCGUGAUCCUCCUCAUCCUGCUGUGCUUUGAGGGGCUACUCUUCCUCAUUUUCACGUCAGUGAUGUUUGGGACCCAAGUGCACUCCAUCUGCACAGAUGAGACGGGCAUUGAGCGCCUCAAACGGAAACAGCAGCCCAGGCAGCACACAGGCAGCUGGGAGUCGGUAAAGCAGACCUUUGGCGGGGACUUCUCCCUGAACUGGUUCAACCCCUUCUCCGGACCGUGUCACCCAGAGCCUCUGCGUGACAGGGACUGGGUGCGGCAGGUGGCAUCGCUGUCAGACACCGACAACACAGAGACGACGGCGGAGGAGCAGUCGGAGGAGGGGAAGUACAAGGACUCUGUGGAGGUGAUAGAUGAGUAAUGCUGCUGUGGGAGAGGGAUGGACACUAAAAAGUCACUGUCAAUCUGUACACUGGCCUGUGGCUACGGGGUUCGUGGGCGCGACGCGCUCCCCUGCACGCGCUACUUCCCUCAGGCCACUCACUUGGCGUUGCUGUCCUCUGUAACCCGCUCCCACUCCCCGUGUUGAGCCAGGUCUUGGGGUGGGGCCUGAACUAGGGUGACACAAGGUUCGAGGGACUUUUUCUGAGUUCGUCUAAGAGGAGUCCGCCAGGAGAGGGAGUGUCAGGAACCAUUCUCCAGACUGGAUGUCCUUCGAGUUUGCGCAGCGUCCCCCAGCAAAGGAAGCUCUGAACAGGGCAGCCCGGGGACAGAAAAGAACUUGCCUUUGGCUUUUCUUGGGAUGUCUGUCUUCUCUUGGGAAGGUUGGGGCCCUGGCUCCUGGCUUUUGAGAACUAAGGCCAUGACCUUAUGAUGGAAGGACACAGCAGGGCUGGCCUUAGGGACCUGAGGUGGGACACUGACAUCAGGAGAGAUCAGCCGGGAAAGGGGCCCCCUGCUGCCUGCCUGAAUUCGGAGAAAGGCCUGGCUGCCGCAACUACCUUUAAGGGUCAGCUGUGGUUUGAGAGAGGACCCCAACACUAGGCUACAGACACACACGUGCGGGACGUGUCCAGGUUGGAAACAAGCCUGAGUUAUGACAGCUGCGCCAAAAUUUA